UCAUUCCCUGUGAUCUCACCAGGAAGUGUCUCCCGGCUGCAGCAGCCGCAGGAAGCAGAGAGAGUAGCAGCAGCAGCAGCAGCAGGGACCGAGGCUGAGCUGCAGGGACUGAGCUGGGAAGCUGCUGCACACCGUGCAUGACACUUCCCACAGAGGGUAGCAGACAUGGAGCACAUCAGGACCACCAAGGUGGAGCAGGUGAAGUUAUUGGAUCGUUUCAGUCCUAACAACAGAUACACGUCAGGCACUCUGUAUCUUACAGCCACCCACUUAAUGUUCAUAGACUCGCAGAGAGAGAUCUGGAUUUUACACCAUCACAUUGCUGCGGUGGAGAAGCUCGCCCUCACUACCUCUGGCUGCCCCCUGGUGAUACAGUGCAAGAACUUUCGUGUGGUCCAUUUUGUGGUUCCGAGAGAGAGAGACUGUCACGACAUCUACAACUCUCUGCUCCAACUUUCAAAGCCAGUGAGAUAUGAUGAUCUCUACGCGUUUUCCUACAACCCGAAACAAAAGGAGGCAGAGCGAGUCCUUGGCUGGCAUUGCAUCGACAUGAAGGAGGAGUAUCAGCGAAUGGGGGUCCCUAAUUCUCACUGGCAGCUUUCUGAUGUGAACAGAGAUUACAAGGUAUGUGAGACUUAUCCCAGAGAGCUGUAUGUACCAUUUACAGUCAGCAAGCCAAUCAUUGUUGGAAGCUCAAAGUUCAGAAGUAAAGGAAGGUUCCCGGUGCUGUCCUAUUAUCACAAGGAGACACAGGCGGCCAUUUGCCGGUGCAGCCAGCCAUUGUCUGGGUUUAGCGCAAGAUGUCUGGAGGAUGAGCACAUGCUGCAGUUUGUCAGCAAAGCCAAUCCCGUGUGUCACUCCAUGUAUGUCAUGGAUACUAGGCCUAAGCUGAACGCCAUGGCAAACAGAGCGGCCGGCAAGGGCUACGAGAAUGCCGACAAUUACUCUAACAUUAAGUUUCAGUUUGUUGGCAUUGAGAAUAUUCAUGUAAUGAGGUCGAGUCUGCAGAAACUCCUGGAAGUUUGUGGAUCUAAAAACUUAUCAGUAAAUGACUUUUUCAGUGGAUUAGAAAACUGUGGAUGGCUUCGCCACAUCAAAGCAGUGUUGGAUGCUUCAGUCUGCUUAGCUAAGGCCAUCCACGAGGAGAACACUAGUGUUUUAGUGCAUUGUUCUGAUGGCUGGGAUCGGACGUCACAAGUCUGUGCGCUGGGAUCCUUACUGCUUGACCCCUUUUACAGAACCAUUAAAGGAUUCAUGGUUCUAAUUGAGAAAGACUGGAUAUCAUUUGGCCAUAAAUUCUCGGACAGAUGUGGGCAGUUAGACAACGACUCUAAAGAGACAUCCCCGGUGUUUACGCAGUUCUUGGAGUGUGUCUGGAACCUGAUGGAGCAGUUCCCCCGAGCGUUUCAGUACAACGAAGCCUUCCUGCUGCAGAUACACGAGCACGUGCACUCCUGUCAGUUUGGGAACUUCUUAGGGAACUGCGAGAAGCAGCGUGAAGAGCUAAGAUUAAAAGAGAAGACUUAUUCGCUGUGGGCUCAUCUCCUGAGCGAGCAGAGCAAGUAUCUGAAUCCUUUAUUUGAUCUUAGCUCCCUAAAGACCCUGCCCAUUCUGGAACCCAGCACCUUCCACUUCAACUUCAAGUUUUGGAGGAACAUGUACCACCAGUUUGACCUGACCCUGCACCCCAGACAGUCCAUUGCCAACCUGCUGCUUAACAUGAUGGCUGAGAACAGAGUUCUGGAGGAUGAGCUGAAACAGUUCCAGCUGAAAAUCAGCAACCUUAAGAAGGAAGGAGACUACGCCGGCAACCACACUAUCUGCUCCCCUACCACUAAGUCACCUAAACUCCGAGAGUCUCCCUGCCACAAGAAGGAAGAAGUAAUUCAGCCUCUGCAGGACCCCAUUCGAACUAUAGAGGGCAGCACCACAGAAGACAACCGCUAUGCUAACUAUUCAGAGGAGGUGACCAAAGCGGAGCCUUCCAUUGUCAGCCUGGAGUUUGGAGUUGCCAAAAUGAGAGUUAGUUAAAAAAGGACUCUGCAGGAAGUGCCUUCGGUGUCUGUAUAACCCUUUCUAGCACAGGGCCUUCGUCCUGUGUAUUACACGUCCGUUUACAUGGAAUUGAGAGAUUGGGAAACGUGCAGCCUGAAUUUGGCUACAUUGAGUGAGUCUAAGCCGCUGAUUUGAAGCCUUUCAGGUUACACUGAUACUUCUAGGGAAGUGAAAUACAUGAUUGAUAUGUUAGACGGGAUUCAGGAGUUGCUUGAACUAGUAUGAUAUUACUUAUAUAGCCAUUGAAGGCGUCUACUAUAAAUAUAACGCAUUAAUGACCAUGUAACGGGUCCUAGUUGAGUAUAUGAAGUCGGUGUUUAUCUACUGGCGAGUAACACUGGAGUGUGCGUAACACGUCCCUAAUGCGUAUGUACAGCGGAUGUUUUAUUAUCGCCAUUAGGUAGCUGUAUUUUAUUACAACGGUCUUUACUGUCCUAGAGGUACAUGUGAUCUGGCUGUGGCUUGUUGCAACAUAUCAGUAACAUACAGUAUACAUACAUCUUGCUAAUGUUUAUCACAAACUCUUGUAUCUUUGUCAAGACCAACUAAACUGCUACAUGGUAAGGCGUAAAGCUACUUACUAUACCCCAACCUUACUGAGAGGUAAGCCGGGGAUUCCAGGGGGUACGGAUUCCAAACUUCAUUUGAGAUUAUUUUUAAAAGGGAAUUAUUUGCACUAGAAAACUUGAAACUUAUAGGAUGAGCGAGUGUUGCAGGACGCUAUAUGUAAAUGGAGUGCUAGUUUAUUAGUUUUUUUUUAUAUAUUCGUUAACAGUAUGGGAAACUGGUGUAGAUGAGCGUGUGGCUUGUUAAACGAAGAUGCUGCUAUGUUUAAAUCACUUAGUUCAUUCCCAGUUGGCUCUUUAGACCGGAAUGCUGAACUGGCUAUGUGUAAUUUACAUACUGCCAGAUUCACUCAACAGUAAAAUAGCGGUUCCGAAUUUUAGCUGGAGUUUAAGUGACGAAUCUCCGCGCUGACUAAAAUGUGUGCGUUGUUUUCCCCACUAAAGAGAAAUCCAUUAUUCAAAUGUUUAAUUUUUUUUUUUUUUUUGAAUAUAUAUUUUUUAUGAGUAUAAAAGUACACUUGUACAGCCUGUAAUGUAAUGAAAAUGUAUCGGAGGCUUUCAUUCACUGUCAAAGAAAGCUGAAAUGAUUGAUUUUCACACCAGAGUUAAAUAAUGCAGCUUGUGCUGGCAGGAGAAUAUUUCGCAAUAUUUGCAACAAAGGGGAAGAAGAACAAUAGGUGACAGUUGUAUUUCAAAGGGCGACGUAGCAAGAUAAAUGUACCAUACCAAUAGUCAGGGUAACAGUGAUUAGACAGUCAUGCUAAGACAUCAUUUUCUUGCAUUUUGUUCCUGUUUACAUCCGGCGGUAUUAUCCAUAUUAUUAGGUGACCCAAUAUUUAUGACCGUACAACCUAUCAAUACACUGGAAACGGGUGCUCCUGUUUUUCACCGUUUCAAUCCCUGAUUCCUAUAAUGAAAAUACACUUGUUUUGGUACAUUGUACUUAUCAUACACAUUGCCGUUCAUUUAGUUACUAUCACUUUAUUUUCUGCUGCUGAUAGUUUGUCUUUAUUUUAUGUCUGGCAGCUGACUGUGUUGACUUAAAAUAAUAAUUUGCCUCCAGCAUCUAUUGUCCUGGUUAUCUGCAUUCUCUGUGCAGCUACAUUGAAGCUCUGUAGCUGCUGAGAGGUUCUUGUCUAGCUGGCUGCUUAUACUGUACACAGCGCAGGCAGUGACGCAGUGAUACAUCACCACGGAACCAUAAAACAAAAAUCAAAGUAAUCUGAUCCCAUGAUGUUUUGUAAUGGUAUGAGCUGUUUCCCGAUACGUGUACAGUGGCAGGUCGUCGUUCUGCUUCCGGUUGCGUUGGACCCGCUUUCUAAUGGUCAUGGGCUUCUCUGUUUCUUUACCAGGAAUAUGUAGGAUCAGUUUAAACAAAUCAUUACCAGUCAUGAACUGCUAUAACCAGUACUAUGUAGAAGAGACCAAAUAGGGUUACAUCAUCCCCAGGAACUGUGCCUACCCAAUGCGCUAAAAAUGGUGGGGGCUUCUGGAGAUGAAGGUAUGUUUGAGCCUCAGGGUGCACCACCUCUCUAGACCUUGGGGACAAAUGUAUUAUGCCUUAAAAAGGGAUAAAGUGGAGAGUGAUUGAGUGAUGAAGUACCCUCCAAUCCACUUCCUUAUUGCCAUCUUGCAGGAUGUGUUUGAAAAAUGACAGGAGCUGAUUGGUUGUUACCUUAUAACUACACUUUAUAGUUCCCAAAAAGGUUUUCAAUAUUGAGGCUAAAUAACUAAAUACCUGUAGAUAGUGCCAUGUCUACGGCCACCAACUUUCGGCUGUGUGCCAUGUCGAAGGUCGCCAACUUUUGGCUGGUUCGAUUCAAAAAAUUCCCCUACCCAGCCUCCAAGCCAGGAAAGAGGAGCAAGUGCAACAGAAAGUGUGGAUAAAGUGCCUUACUGAUAACGGUGGGGGUCCCACUCCUCUAUAUGGUUCUCCGGCAUUCCAGGGUCUCCACUCCGGGGUCACAUAUUAUACUGGGCUUUUAUUGAAUUACGUUUGUAAUCCUGACUCUAGCUGGAGUCAUUUUGCUAAAGCCAACUAAAUCUGCCCCGGGGCAUGAAACAGACAGUUAUAUUCAAGUUGGUGUAAACUGGCAUUUUAUUAUGCGGUGAACCAUUGCUGUAGUACUAGAUAUUUUUGAUAAUCCUGACGUGCCAAACUUAAAACAAUAGUAUGCAUGUUUUAAAUUUAAAACUAGCAUUGGUUUCUUUAAUAUCCCACUGUAAUCUAAGUAGUUUGACAAUAGGCAACCUCACCCCAUCAAUAAAGGACUUGACCCAUUACCCCGACCAUUGAAGAAUAACCAAGAUGAGCCAAGGGUGCCUUUAUUAAGGUUGUCAAAUAUAUGGCAGUGGCUAGUGUUUGUAAAUGUACACUCUCAUCGCAGGUGUGUACUGUGCCUUGUGUGUUACCUUCUGUAUAAUGAUUGUAUGUAAGGCAGGAGCACUUCCCAUGAUGCAUUGUGGGAGAAUGGUUCCGCAUACUGAAGGCUUGCCAUUACUAUUGUGGAUAUGUAGCUUUUCAGUUCUUUUUCCUUUUUGGGGGUCUAUUCGUCAGUUCUUCUCUGUGUAUGAUCUCAAGAAAUGUACUUUUUGUGACUUACUCCAUUGUUUAAUUCAAUAAAAAAAAAUAUCCUGUGCAA